UAGCGCUCCUGUUUUCAAAUCUUCAACGAUCUCAUCUCGUCGCGUUGUUUACGUUCCGCGAAUUUGAAGGAGCGGAGAAUGUUGAGGUGACAAAAGUGGAAUCACGGUCCAAAUUUUCGGAAAUGGACACGAUGAUGAACCUGUGGAAGGAUGGGCUUGCGCCGCUCAGCACUCACUCGCCUUUGUUUCGGGGCUUCGGACAAACCACAGACUUCAAGUCUCCCGAGAACAGUUCGAUGGAGGACAGCGGCUAUUCAACGUGCACGUCGACCCUGUCUGUCGACAGCUGCAAUGCUGUGAUAACAAGUCAAUUCAAGACGCCCUGCUGCUACACCGAGCGCAAAUCAAGCAAGAGGAUCAUCUCCGACAUUCCUGCCAGUAAACAAAGCAUAGACGGCAAGCAACAUGUCAACUUCCUCGAGGCGCUAAGCCAGCGGGACAUAUUGGACGAGGUGCUGCGCUUUUUGUCACCCGAUGAUCUCAUACGCUGCUCUCUUGUGUCCAAGUCGUGGAAAGGCAUUUUGGAGGAGAGCAGAAUAUCAAGGACCAAGAGAAGUGUAUACUUGUCUACGAGAACAUUCAAUAACAAGGAAAACUUAACGAGGCCUGGAGAGUUAACAACUAGAAAAGGCCAAAAGCGAUUAUGGGAACGUUCGACAUCAUCUACUCCGUUGGCUACGAUCACUUCCUCUAGACAGCUCAACUUCAGCACGCCUGUGUCUUUGCCUGUCUCACCCUCCAAGGUGCCACGAAUCGACCGAUUUGAAGUUUUCCGUGAGGCAGGCAAUUCGCUACGCAGUGGAGAAUCGCAAGUCUCAUGUCCACGGUGCUCCUUCCCGGCCAGAAAUAAGACCAACUUGAAUCUCGGCGUGUGCACCAAUGGCAAAUGCCGGUUUCAGUUCUGUCUGAGCUGCCGAUGCGAGCAACACACCGAUUCAACUUGUAUACUGCUCCGGUCACCUGAGAAACUUCGACACCGAAAAAUCACCAAGCAAAGUUAUCGGCGGAACAUGAGGCGACUGUGAAAUUGCCGUACCCUCGCUCAACUACUUACUUAUGUCUGAGGUUCUCGUGGAGAACCAUUUUUUGGCCCUGUCGAGAGAGGAGCUCUGAGUUUUGUACCUGACUGUGAUUGGCCUGCAGAAUUAAUCCCGUUGCUUAAUUGUCCGUAAACUCAGACCGUCUUCGACGAAUUUUGUAAAAUGUUGUAAGAUAUUUCUGCAGAAUGCUCUCUUCUUACUUAACUGUCCACAACUGGAUUUAAUCCAUGACGAGUCUCGUUAUGGCCCUGCAAAUGCAGUCACUGCACUCUUGCCGCCAAAUUUGCCCACUUAAUAAGCAUCACUACUUCAUCCUGCAUGGCUUGCCUUGCUCAGUAUAUUUGUGGGGCCAAGAGAUCAGUAUCAAUUAUUGUUUUAUUUUGUUUAUUUUCUGAACAACUUUUGCAUUUAUAAAAUGCUCAACGAAUCUCAUAUUUGCCAGAAUUGCAUUUCUUAUCUGUAGGAUUUUAUUGAAAAACUGAUUGUGUUAGUAUUAUAUGUUCUCUUGUAUUAGGGAAUCAGUAUUUUAAAUGAUGUAUUAAAUUAUAUAAUAUGAUCCAUGUCAAUUGUGAGAGCGUUUGUAUCAAUUUGGAGUUUAAAGACUCUUGCUUUUUUUUAAUUU